UACUAUGGGAACGUGAUGGGAUCGCGCUGUAAGAUCCGCUGUAGGAGGGGUUACGAGAUGCCGCAUGGACACGCAGAGGUGGUGUGUAUGGCCAGCAAACACUGGUCAGGGAACUUCGCCUGCAGGGAGAUUCAGUGUCCUAAGCUGCAGAUGCCUGCGAAUGGGGGCUAUACGUGUUCAGACGGAUCCUACCUUAACUCCCGCUGUGAGUUCUUCUGCUCCCCUGGAUACAAUCUGAAGGGGACCAAUACUGUCACCUGCCAGUACCACAAGACCUGGACCUCAGGAGAAAGCGUCUGUGUGGAUGUUGACAUCCCAGUAAUAAAGUGUCCUAACCUGAAGGAGAAGACAGCAGAGCCAAGCAGGCUCACAGCCAGGGUGACCUGGGACACACCAGAGGGCAAGGACACAGCUGAUGGCAUCCUCACUGAUGUUAUAUUUAAAGGGAAGCCUCCUGGACACUUCCCUGAGGGUCUCCAUAAGAUGUCCUACACCAUCUACGACCGCGCCGGUAAUAAGGGCAGCUGCCGCUUCUCUGUCAGAGUACGAGUGCGUCGCUGCAGCCCCAUAACCCCCCCAGACAACGGUUUUAUGAAGUGUGAUAGCGAUGGUAAUAACUAUGGAGCAACCUGUGAGUUCAAGUGUACAGGAGGGUAUGAGCUGCAGGGCAGCGCUGCGAGGGUGUGCCAGUACGGCCUCACCUGGUCUGGCAAGGAAACCAGCUGUGCAGCUAUGAACAUCAACGUGGGGGUGCGUACGGCCUCAGGUCUGCUGGACCAGUUCUAUGAGAAACGACGCCUCCUCAUCAUCUCUGCUCCCACUGCUGCAAAUCAUUACUACAGGUUCCAGAUGACUGACCUACAGCAUGCCCAGUGUGGUCUGGACCUCAGGCAUGUGACAGUGAUUGAGCUGGUGGGGAUUUACCCCGCACAGAUCGGCCGUAUCCGCCACAGACUUAUCCCUCCAGGGUUGGCCUUACAACUCAGGUUACUGCUCCAGAUCUCCCAUAAUAACUUCAACAUAGUGAUGAUUGACAAGCAGGGGAUGGACAGGGAGCGCUACACGUACCCCAUCACCUCCGCCCAGAUCUUCACCACCAUUGACACAUGGCAGGGACGCGUAGAUGAGAUGGUGCAGCAGCAGGAGGCAGGCCACACCUGCCAGUAGUACAACAACCAGAAUCAUAUAGAGAAGUGGGGCCAGGUUUUACAACUGCUGCCAUGUUAGCGUCUUCAUUCUUGCUG